CGAUUAUGCUGUCGUCAUUACGAUUAGAUAUUUAGAUCGUUCGAAUUUUUUGAAUCUCUCUCAGUUUGGGCCAUGGCGAUGGUUGUGGAUUCAGAAGGAGGCGAGUUAGGGUUUCCGUACUGGACCUCCCUUCGACGGAAAUUCAGUCCUGACUCCCCCUUCUUUGCUUCCGGUAACAUCGAGAGAGAACUCCUUGCCAAACAGGUUGCACUGGAUAUAACUGAAGAUGAAAGGCAUCAGCUUCAGGGUUUGAUAGAUGAGGAAGUCAGCAAGGAUGUUUUAUGUCCCAUUUUUGGCUGUGGUGCACGGUUGAAAUCAUUGGAGGACUUUGAAGAUCAUUAUAAUGCAAGGCACACUGCUUCUUGUUCCGUCUGCUCAAGAGUUUAUCCAACCUCUCGCCUGCUCAGUAUACACGUGUCUGAAGCUCACGACUCUUUCUUUCAGGCAAAAGUUGCACGAGGCUAUGUGAUGUAUGAAUGUCUUGUUGAAGGCUGUGGUUCGAAGUUUAAGAACUACAAAGGUCGGCAACGGCAUCUGCUGGACAAGCAUAAGUUCCCCAAGUCCUUUGAGUUCUUCAAGAAAGUCCAUCCGUCAAAGAAACAAAGACAGAAGAACCAACAUAAACAAACUACUCAUAUGGAUGAGGCGACAAGCAAAAUGGAAGUGGAAAAUGAAACCAUUGAUGGCCUUGUUUCGGCAGUCUCAAAGUUGAGCACCUCAGAUUCCAUUCCUUCUUCUGUCAGCUUUGGUCGUCGCCAUUCUCGUGGGCUCACGUUUGUGCCCCGAGCUGUUCAUCGCGACAAAAAGCAAGACUCCACUCCAGCUGCAACAAAGUGAUAAAUAGUCUGCUCCCUGCCAUAAACACCCUAAGCAAUUCAUUCAGUGAAUGGCUUAUACAAUGUUGUUGGUUCACUUUUUUCCCAGAAUCUUCAAUGUGAAGGUUGUUUGAAGUUGAAGCUGUUGGGACAAACUGAGUGCUCAUAUGGGUCUGACCAAACAUUUUUCCACAGGUUCUCGUUCUCUGACCUCAACCUUGUUAACACAGAAUCCAUUUAUGUACCCUCAAAUUAAUCUCUCAGUAUGACUUAUAUGUUUGGGAA